AUGCCCGCUGUCAGCAGCUCUUUGGAGAGGUUGUGGAGGAGAAUUUCUGGGCCCCUGCUGAUGUUCCCUCCCGACGGGCUGCUCGGGUUGGAGUACCUGUUCAGCCAAAGCACGGGGGAAUCAGGACCCUUCUCUCUUCAGGGCAUCAUUAACGAUGGGCCUGAUCCAGAGGACGAGGUGCUUCAGCCUGGGCAGAUGGAUCCAGAGGUGGAAGACGAGGCGUACCAGAGCGACGUGGAGGCACAAGCUGAUGUCUUGGAUGCCGCCCUGACGCACAUCACUGUCACCAGUGAGGAAACUUCCACUGCUCACCCUCCGGCCUUUGAGGAUGCCUGCAGUCCAAACCCUCUUCCUGGCUUUGGGAAGUUGGAGGUGUUCUGCUCUGUGCUGGUGGAGAUCGGGCUGACAGAGGACAAGCUGUCCCUCACCACCGCGCAGAGGAACAAGGUUCUCGUUGCCUGGAACCAAAGUGGAGGAGCAUGA